AUGGUGUUCAUACCCCACACUGACCCUAGAGUGCAUCCAUAUUACGGCAACACUUGGUUACAUGAGCUUACAGACCAAGUUCUUACCUACAACCUCGAACACAGCGACAAACAGGAUGUGCGUAUGAUGGAGGAUGAAAGUGGCAAAUUCCUGACCAAGGGGCUCUAUGAUUACUCAUAUCUUCUGUCCAAAUGCGCGGAGCAAAACACACCAUACAUAGCUAUUUUUGAAGACGACACGGUCGCUAUGGAAGGGUGGUUCCAUCGCACAGUCUCCGCAAUACGCGAAGCAGAACGUCAGACAGUACUACGACAUGCUAGAGAAAAUUUUCUCUACGUGCGUCUAUUCUAUACUGAGACAUUCUUGGGCUGGAAUUCGGAGUACUGGCCGACAUAUGUAUGCUGGUCGUUUGUCGCAGCGGGUGUCCUUGCAGCUGCCUUAUUUUCCUUGCGGAAAACCAGGCCCGCCAUAAUCCUGUGCUAUUCUCUCGGCCCACGAUGCACGAUCCUUCUAUCGUAUUUCGCCCUGAUAGUAGGAAUCCUGUUUUUCUUUGCACUGGGCCGGAUGACAGUCCUGCCUAUCCCAAUUGGCGUAGGUGAGAUGGCCAGGUUCGGGUGUUGUAGUCAAGCUCUCGUCUUCCCAAGGAGCAAGGCGCUAGAACUGGUCUCUUAUUUCAAUGACCGCCGCACUGGCUAUAUGGAUGUCUUGACAGAAGAGUUUGCUGAGCAGAAAAACGAGCUCAGAUUCGCCAUAACCCCUAGCUUGGUACAGCAUGUUGGUAGAGAAAGCAGCAAGUACACGGACCAAGGGCCAAUCAUCAAACAGGGGAUCUGGAACUUUCAAUUCGAGCGCUACAACUGGGAAGAGUUGAGAAGGGAACAUGAGGCAGCUACAAAGGAAUGGCUGAGAUAG